AUGUGGGCGAGUGAAGUCAUUGAGGGAGAUAGUGGUACUGUUGCUGUCUGGAACAUAAACAGGAGUGACUUUGAUGCAAACCAACCAGAGAGAGUCAUUGAAGCUUCAUCUUGCAUCUUAUCAUUGGCUUUCCAUCCAACCAAUCCAGCUCUCUUUGCUGCAGGAACAUUCAAUGGAGAGAUUUUGGUGUAUGACCUGUCGCGCACCGAGGAGGUGACCCCUCUAGUAGCAGGGGAGUGUGGAGGUGGCAGUGUGACCACACUCUCUUGGGUAGAUAAUAUUGCUAGGGAGGCUACAGUGUCUAGAAUACACAGCACUAUUAUAGCUACAACAAGCAGCGGCUUUGUCCUUGUGUGGGAACUAAACCUCACAAAGCAGCAGCUACCUCUUAAAUCUGGGUUUAUGCUUCAAGGUCAAGAUGCUCCUAGGGGAAUCAGAACACAGAUGGAUGGCUCAAGUGGAGUUGGGAUUACUGCAGCUUCAUUUAAUUCUGAAGAUUCCAUGCUAUUUAUCUUGGGAGCUGAAGGAGGUGGCUUGUUUCUUUGCUCAACUUCUUCCGAGGUUCCAACUGGAGUGGAAUUUUCUGGUGUUGGAUUAAUGAAAUGUGUUUCUUCUACCCUUGCUCCUCACUCAGGACGGGUGAUUACUGCUCAGUUUUCACCUCAUCACCGAAAUGCCAUCCUUUCAGCUGCCUCGGAUAAUCAAAUACGACUUUUCACACUUCUUCAGCCUAACAAGCCAGUAAGUAUAAUACAUGCUGAAGAAGGCAUAGGGUGUGUCCAGUGGUCACUUUCUCGUCCUCUAGUGGUGGCUGUGGGGCGCAUCACUGGUGAAGUUGCUCUCUAUGACUUUGGUCUAAAGAACUGUCAGACUUUCCUGAUUUUAUCAGCUGCUGAGAAACCUUCUUCAGUAACUGCUCUGCAAUUCAACCAAAGAAACAUGAAACUUUUAGCAGUCGGCGAUCAACUUGGCCGAGUCCGUGUGUGGCACUUGCCAAACAGUGCAGUGUCUCCUCUGUCAAGUGAGCUGUCUACUCUUCAUACCAUUUUAGACAAUCUGGUUGACUGAUUUAUUUCUUAUCUCUUAUUCUACAUUACAUUCUGUGUUAUCCACCAAUAGAAAAUUUUGCUCUAUCAUUAACUUGUACCUUGUAUCAUUAACUUGU